GAGUGCACAUUUGAACUUGGAAGGGUGAUUUGUGGAGAAGAGAAAGGGUUAGGGUUUUGUUUUGGAUUCUGUUUUUUGUGAAGAAGAAACAAGAAAAAUGUUCAACGCUGAUCCUUCAUUGCCUAAUGUUUCUACCCUCACCACUGAACAGAUUCAAAAGUACUUGGAGGAGAAUAAGGAGCUGAUCUUGGCAAUAUUGGAAUAUCAAAACCUGGGAAAGUUUGCUGAACUAGCACAAUGUCAAGCCAAACUUCAGCAUAACUUGACUUAUCUGGCCAAACUUGCUGAUGCUGGUUCUCAGUCACCGACCCCAUCUCAGGUUUCAUCCCAUGCCACUAUGCAACAGGGGCAAGGCAUGCGCCAAUUACAAGUCGCUAUGUCUCAGCCACAACCAGAUCUCUCUAAGAACUUGCCCUUUGAGAUAAUGAGUGAUCAGCAACAGUUGCAGCAGCAGUUGCAGCAACAGUGGCAGCAGCAGUUGCAGCAACCGCAUGUGACAAUGUCUCUACAAGAACCAGAUAUCCUUGCUUCAAAGUUGCCUUUGCUGAUGAAUGAGCAAAACUAUAAGAUACCACAUUUCCUCUAUCAGCAACAACCAAUCCCUGGAGCAAUGGUUAACUUUCCUGGUUCUAAUAGUGGCAUAUAUCAAGCUUCUCAAAUCAGACUUGGUAAUCUUCCAGAUACUCCAUCAAGUAACCAAACUGGCUCGGAUUCUGUCCCUGGCUGGUCUUAGAGAAAUUACUGUCAGGGAACAUUUGUUCAGUCAUAUCAUUGAACAAUUCAUAUAGAAACGGAAAAUGCAUCUUAUAUUUUGAUGAA